AUUAUCACAUCGACUUGUCGAACCUCGAACACAGCAGAAGUCAUUCCAUUCCACCCUGAGAAAAAGAAACAAUUCCUUUGGUUAUAUUUUGUUUUACACAUAACUCUAGCCAAUACAAAAUUAAACCAUUUCUCUUAUUUAAAAUUGUGAAAGUUAACUUUUUUGUUAAAAACUAAGUUUGUAUUGUAUCUAUUUGUUAAAUAAAAGACCAUCAAUUUUUAAUUUAUUUUAGUGAAUUAGUCCGAAUUUUAUUAUCGACAUUCGAAGUUAGAAAAAAAAAUCUUACCAAAAAAAAUAGAAGAGAAAAAAAAAAAGUGACAUCGCUGUCACUUUUUCUAACAUCAAACCCAACAAACCAGCCACAAGCAGCAGCACCAGCAAAAAUCAUCGUAAUCAUGAGCAGCAGCAGCAGCAGCUGUGUAGACAUUUUGUGGAGUUUUUCUCGCGAGUGAAUUACGAAUUACCUACAAUUUUCCGGAUUUUCUUUUUCUUUGUACCGUGAACAUUUUUACUUCCCCAAAAACUCUGACUCUGCUCUUCGUUGAUUGAUUUUCCAUUUUUUCCAUUCGAAAAAUAGUUUUUCGAAACAAAAAAUAAAAUACAUAAAACAUUGUGGACAUUUUGAUUUUCUUUUUUUUUUGCUGUUGCUACUUCUGCACAAUAAUUAUGGCCGAAUCUCCAGUGUUGGAUUUUCGCAAUGAUUUCAGUCCAACAAUUCCAGAAAUCACAAUCAAUGUCCAGUGUCCAUCGACCCCUGGACCACAACUUAAUAUUAAAUCUCCAGAAUUAAGCACUGCGAGCAGUGCUGAAGAGACAGAAACUACUGCCCGGGCCGAUGGUACCAAUUCGCCACCUCCGAAUUGUGCAAUUUGCCUCGGAAAAUGCAAAAACAAGUGUUUCACUGAUUCGUGCAUGCAUCAAUUCUGUUUCAAGUGUUUACUUGAAUGGAGCAAGGUCAAACCAGAGUGUCCUUUGUGCAAGCAAACCUUUAAAUCCAUUAUACACAAUGUCAAAUCAUUUGAUCAGUUCGAGGAGUAUCUGGUGCAACAGCCAGUGCCGGUAUCACCAAAUCCGGAUUCGUUUGCUCCAUUCACAAUACCAGCACACCUUUAUCCAAGACUGCCGUCAUUAUAUAAUCGACCUGUUCACAUCUAUAUGGAUGAUUUGGCCAUGAAUACAUUGGAUUUAACAGGAACUUCAUCUUCGACAUCAAAUAAUGCCAAUGCUAAUGUGAUUCGUAGUAGUUCGACAUAUUAUCGAAGAAUACUGCCACCACCGUCUCAGUUGUUGGACAUGUAUAGUCAGGAAACUAUACAAGGCGAGACGGGCAGUGGUAGCUUGAGUCAACUAUGGAGAAGAUAUGUUUAUGAUAGAAAAUUGUUUGCACUGCCAUUGGCCGAUGUUAGUGGAAGAUUUCGAGAAAGCAGUGCUCGUUUUUAUAGAGACAACCAAUCUCAAACUCAUCGUUUAAUUCAAUGGAUUAAUCGUGAUAUUGUUUGUUUGUUGCGCAACACCGAUCAUGAUGUUAAUUCCGUUAUGGAACAAAUCAAUACCUGGCUUUUGACCGUAAACAUUCUAUCGCCGGAAUUCAGAAGGCGCCUACAACCAUUCCUGGGCACAAAGACUGCUCAUUUUAUUCACGAGUUGAACAAUUUCGCUCGCAGUCCAUAUGACAUGAUCGGCUACGAUCGCGUCGUCCAAUAUUCUUCAAACAGUGCCGAAGAAAUUGUUAUAGAAUUUUCUUCUACAUCAUCAGCUGGCUCAGAUGUUGAGAGCGUCUACAAUAUACUAUCAGAUCCAGGCACUAGCAGACGCACUAGCUCACAACCAAAUGCAACACAAGCCAACAGCGGUGGUGGUUUUAACUUGUACACGACAUCAACAACAGCAUCUUCACAGGCAUCGGCUAUCAAUCUUUCCACACAUAAUCGCGGUGCAAGCGGUGAAUCAAGCGAAGGAACGACCACAACAUCAACUGUAGAGGUGAUCAACGCUCCUACUUCAGAACGACCAGAUAACAUCGUAUUAUCAUCAACCAGUAGUGAUGAGUGUGAAUUUGUCCUUGAACAAAAGCCACCACACUUGCGAACUCCAGAAAUGGUAAGUUUGAAUUCAAAUUCCGACAGCGACGUGGUCUUCGUCCAGGAGACGAAAACCACUCCCAUGCCAUCAGGAAUAGCAAAGUGGGCCUCUACAAAUAGUACUCGAGUCCGUCGGGCACAACGUAGGCGAGCUAAUCCUUCUUUGAAUAACACUUCAUUCAGUACUUCAAACUCUGAUUCUGAUGGAUUUAACUAUGCAGACACAUGCCCUUCAACAUCCAAAAAAAUUAAGCUAGAUGGAAGGGAAGAAAAUGCAGCUGCAGAAACAAGUACUGGUGCUCCUGCAGAUUUUAGUCCAGAAAAUGACCCCAUACCUAAAGUAAAAGAAGAGUUCAACCAAGGAGCAUCCACAUCAACUGGUUUGCAGAGUCGUUACCGUGGUGUACGACCAAAUAAUGUUCGUACACGUUACUAUAGACCCGUAAAUGAUACAAGUGACAGUGAUGAUUUGGACGAUAGUAGGUCAUCGGCUUCAGACUCUGGUCUUACAACAGAGAUAUCCAAUUCAGAUUCAGACUCUGAUACAUCAUGGUCGAAAUCUCGACGCAAAAGCAACAAACAGUCACUCAAACGUUCCCGCCACCGAAAACUAAGCAAAACCACCGCCAGCAGUCGAAAAUCUCGGCGGCAACUUCCUGCUCCAUCAACAAAAUCCAAACGCAACAAACGAACCAAAAGCAACAAAACCGUUCCCAACAACAAAUCCACAUCGUCAAAGAAAAAGAAGACAAUCAAACGUUCACGAAGGAAAUCCUCAAAAAGCAAAUCAACGCGAACGAAAAGGCGAAUUGUUUCACAAACUUCAUCAUCCGAUGAAGAUGAAGAACUUAUAAAGAUCAAUGUAGACGCCCAGCCUUGGACAAGUACACUUUCAUCUCCAAUUUCAACUCCCCAUCGCCAGAGUGAAAAUGAACCCACUCAGUCGACAUCGGCACAGCUAAGAUCGGUGACAUCAUCACCAGCUUCUAAUUCAACGACUACCAGUGAUGCAAACGAAGCCGCAGGACCAGGACGUCCCAGUUCCAAUGCAACCUUAGCUGCACCUGCUGAUUCCUUUACUCCGAGUUCUCCAGAUCUGCCGCUGGACGCAGAUGAUAAUCCAAAUGCUAAAUUGCCCAUAUACUCCGAUUCUGAAUAAAAAGCAAAAAGAAAUCAAAAGCAAAGCAGAAACCUCCAAUAUAUGGAAAAGAAUUACAUUUUUCUAAAAUAUUGUUUUAAGAAACCGGUUGUUUCUAUCAGAAUAGAAAGCAUUAAAAUAAUUUUGUAAGUUUGUUCAAAUAUUUUUAAUUUAAAUUAUAAACAUAAAAAAAAACGUUAUGCUGUUCAUACCGUGCUGUCAAGUUUAUAAGAAAUUUACAAACGUAAAGCAUGGUUUAGAGAGAGAGAACUACAUUGAUGGUAUCGAGUUAUCAAUAUCAGUACUGCAGUCUAUAAAAAAAAGUCCAAGUUACUCGAUACCAUUAAAAAGUUACUUAAACAUGCUUUGCUAUCUGAUCAACUGGUCUUAAAGCUUGACAGUUAACUCUAAAAUGUUUAGGUAUGACAGAAAUUGUAAGUAAGUGAUGCGGACAUUAUUAUGAAACAGUGAAAGCACUCAACUGAUUUUAGGUAUUUUUCCCCCCAAAAAAACUUCUGUAAGUAUAUUUCCAUCCACUACAGAAGCUUUUAUCUGCUUCCCAUUAAAAUAAUACAAGCAAGUGGCUGUAAAGCAGACUCAAAAAAUAUUAAGUUCUGUCGUUAGCACGACUAUAACGAUCUUAUUUUAUAAAUAUAUUAAAAUAAAUUAAGAUAAACCUCUAGUUGUAAAA